AUGGAGUCCCGCGCCAACAGGAAUGCGGGUCCGGCCGCUCCCAGCACCCGCCGGCCAGCCGGCGGCUCCGGGUCAGGCGCACUCGGAGCCGGCGGGUUGAACUUGCCACCCAUACAAACCACGCGAAGGGAGUCUACCCGGGCGACCGAUAGGACGGAUGCGCUAUGGGCAGAGAUGCAAGCCACCCUGGAGGAAGUGGAACUCUCCGCCAGCGGUGGGACGCGAGUCUUUGGGCCAGACCAUGACCGGAAGCUUGGGGAGCUGCGGGCUGCGCAGAUCGCGCUCGCUCAGGCCUGGGCGCGCAGUGAAGCAGAUGAGGCCAUCGAGACGUCCAUCGGGCCUGGGACUGCAUCAGAGAAAGGCGGUGCAGUUGCGGAGUCUAAGACGGAAGGGACUACUGUCGGCGGUGCAGGCGCCGGUAUAGACGGUGCAGCACGGAGUGCCGGAACGGCCAGUGUGAGACCAGGGAGCGCAGGCCUCGGCGCUGAGCGGCUGGGUCAGAAGCUCGAGGAGGAGACAGAGAUCGACAUCAAGUUUGCACGGAAACGGCGAGAGGCCAAUGAUCGCUACUUCCAACGGGUCAACCAGGGAGUGCUUGAUGUUGUUGCAAAACUGGAGGAUGUGGCCAUGGCAAUGCGCGCGGUCGAGCAGGAGAGCAAGGACGUAUGGGGAGAAACGGAGAGCGUGCCUUCGAGUGCUGUGCCUUGA